GUGGCCGCGAAUGAGCACAUAAAAAUACGCAUAUUUCAUCAUUUGCAGCUGUAUUUUAAUGUCUAAAGCUAUUUAAAGUAAGCCAAUAUACGAGGAGAAAAAACUUUAAGCGCACACUAGAAAAACUAGAAAACUUUUCACUUUUUGUAUUGGAAAAGUAGCAAAAAUGAGUUUGGUAUGGACUUUGAUCGCCGCUUUUCUGUAUACAGAAAUUGCAGUGGUUUUGCUGCUAGUGUUGCCCGGAAUAAGCCCGUACAAAUGGAAUCGUUUCUUUAAAUCCAAAUUUCUGGCCAUGCUGGCCCAACAAGCGCAUCUCUACUUUUUCCUAAUCAUGGGUGUGUUGGUGCUGUUUCUGCUGGAGGCUAUUCGCGAAAUGCGCAAAUACUCCAACAUUGACAAUACCGGCGAUGUACAUCUUAACGUAGAGAUGCAGCAUAGCAUGAGAUUGUUCCGUGCCCAGCGUAACUUUUAUAUUUCCGGUUUUGCCAUUUUCCUUGUUCUGGUAAUUCGAAAGUUGGUGACACUGAUUUCGGCACAGGCUAAUUUGCUAGCACAGAGCGAAGCCUCCAUGAAACAGGCCCAGAGCGCAACGGCCGCUGCUCGCUCUCUGCUGACAGAGAAGACCGACAAAGCCAAGGAGGCCACUGAAGAUUCUACCCUGAAUGAGCUCAACAAGCUAAAAGAACGCGUUCAAGAGUUGACCUCCGAUUUGAACCGCGAGAAGAAGGAUAAGGAAGCAGUCAAGUCCCAAGCAGAGAGUUUGCACCGUGAAUAUGAUCGCCUCACUGAAGAGUACAGCAAAUUGCAGAAGCAAAUAACCAUUGGUGGCGGAGUUAAAAGUGCGUCCAUUAAGGAUGACUAAGCGCUUUUCAUAUCGAGCGCAAAAUACACAUUUAAAGAAUGAUAAGACUUAUAACAUGGCGGUGGAGGCAAAGGCAUCAACUGGAGAUAUAUCAACAUUAAUGAAGAUUAUAAAUCGAUAACAUAACCAACAAACGAAAUAAAAGCUUAGCUGUUAAUACA